AUGCCGGUGCCCGAGGCGUCCGACAGCUCGUUUUUGACGGCGGAAACGGAUUUCGGGUUGAAUAUGAUUAGGCAAGUACCCAUCACUGAAUCACUGGUAGUUUCUCCCGUCUCGGUGAUACUCGCUCUUACGAUGAUUCAGCUCGGAGCUAAAGGAAAAACGAAAACACAAAUCAACCAGCUCAUCUCGAAAGGAUCAACCGACAUGGAAAUAGUAGACUAUUAUUCCAACCUAUCCAGCCAAAUACAACAUGUAAACAAUGGAGUAAACACUAAAAUCGCAAAUGGAUUUUUCCUGAAUAAGGACUUCGUCAUUGAAAAUCAGUACAGAGAUGAGAUUACGAAGAAGUAUUCAGCAUUGAUACAAUCGCUAGACUUCAAAAAAGAGGAACAGGCAGCAAAGAUUAUAAAUCAAUUUGUCAACAAAUCAACAGCUGGGAAAAUAACAAAACUAGUGGAAGCGAAGACCCUUAAAGACGCAUUUUCUGUGGUGGUGAACGCUAUUUACUUCAAUGCCGAGUGGGAAAAUAAGUUCGACAAUGAAAGCAGCACCACUUCUAAGUUUUACAGUGCAGAGGAGAAAAGUAAAGAGAUAACAUUUAUGAACGACUAUGGAGUUCCCAGGCUCUACGUGGAAAAUCGAGAUGUCCAGGUCCUCUCAUUGCCUUACAAGGAUCCUUCAUUCGCCUUCAAUAUUUUCUUGCCGAAACAAAGAUUCAAUCUUGCUGCGGUUCGCAAAAACUUGGACGGAGAGACGAUUCAGAAACUUCUGUCGCAACUAAGAACAACCAUGGUUUCGAUCACAAUACCAAAGAUGAAAAUGGAAAAUGAUUUCAAAUUGAAAGAAGCUCUGAUUGCAAUGGGUAUUACGGAGAUGUUCAGUGAUAACGCCAACCUCACUGGUAUUGCAAGAACACCGCCGCUCUACGUUUCUGAAGCAAAUCACAAAGCAGUAAUCGAAGUCGACGAAGCUGGUACAACAGCCGCUGGUGCCACCUCCUUCAAUAUCAUGGUCCGCACUGCAAUGAGACAACCAAAAAUAUUCGUCGCUGACCAUCCUUUCAUCUUUGUUCUUACAAAAGACAAAAAUCCGCUGUUCAUUGGGCAAUUUGUAUAA